AUGGCUAACGAGCCUCAAACCAUGGCAACUGAAAUAGGUCAAUCACUAUCUCCCAUUCCUUUUCCUCUGACUCCAUCUUCACCACCUACAACUCCAGCUCCAGCUUCACCACCUACAGCUCUUGUUCCACCGCAUAUAGCUCCAGUUCCACCUCCUAGUCCAGUUCAACCUUCUACAGCUCCACCACUCCUGACUUAUCAUCAUUGUCCACGGCCAACAUCAAGCCCAGCUGAUUUACGUCCUGCACCUGACCCUGCUAAUACUACGGACUUCUCUCCUCUUAGUCAACCGAUUGCACUCCGGAAAGCUGAAGCACUGUCUCAUCCAGGGAGGCGACAUGCUAUAAUUGAUGAGAUGUCUGCAUUACAUACGAGUGGUAAUUGGGAGCUUGUUCCUAUUUCGUCGGGUGUCGAGUAUGUAGUUCGAGUGAGUCGUUUGUCGACUCGAGUUCCAAUCGAGGCUCGUUCGUGGUUGCUAGUUGCUGUUUCUUGGCUGCUGUGUGCUUCAGAUUUUCACCGCCGAAGUUCUUUGUAUUUCUACUCCUGA